AUGCCUAUAUGCAAAAUUAUAAACAAAAAUAACCUUCAUAGAGUCUGGGAGACUCCAGCAAAUAUACAUCAAAAUAGUGCAAAUUCACAGAGGGCCUCGAGAAAAUUUCCUGAGGAUUUUUUGUUCGGUACAUCUUCAUCUGCCUAUCAAAUAGAAGGUGGUUGGAAUAAAGAUGGAAAGGGUAUCUCUAUAUGGGAUGUUGCCACACAUAUGGACCCAUCACCGGUCCUUGACGGAAGCUCCGGUGACGUUGCCGCUGAUUCUUACCAUCUUUACAAACGUGAUGUAGAAAUGAUGAAAGAAUUGGGUUUAGACUUCUACCGAUUCUCAAUAUCCUGGCCUAGGAUUCUUCCAUCUGGUUUUUCUAAUGAAAUAAAUCAAGCUGGUAUAAAUUAUUAUAACAAUUUAAUUGACGAAAUGCUUGCAAACGGUAUAUCACCUCUUCUAACAAUAUAUCACUGGGAUUUGCCGCAUAAUCUUCAAAAAUUAGGAGGUUGGGUAAAUCCAAUAAUAAUUGACUAUUUCACCGAUUACGCUGAAGUUUUGUUUGAUAACUUCGGUGAUCGUGUUAAAUGUUGGAUAACUAUAAAUGAACCACAACAGAUUUGUGUUGGAGGCUACGGCUCAUCUAUGUUAGCUCCACUACUCAAUAUGACAGGUAUUGGUGAAUAUCUUUGUUCGAAGAAUCUUUUGCUGGCUCACGCUAAAGCUUAUAGACUGUAUGAUGAAAAAUAUAGAAAAAAGCAGAAUGGAUUAAUCGGGAUUUCAAUAAAUGGGUACUGGUACGAACCAGCUACUGAUUCUAUUGAUGAUAAAAAGGCUACGUUAGACACGAUACAAUUUGAUUGGGGCCAGUACGCACAUCCAAUUUUUAGUAAAGAAGGUGACUAUCCCUACGAGCUGAAAAGAAAAGUAUAUGCUAAAAGCGCUGAACAAGGUUUUAAGCGAUCUCGUUUACCAAAGUUGUCGAAAUCAGAAAUAGAAUUUAUUAAGGGUAGUUCGGAUUUUUUUGGUCUCAAUGCUUAUACAACAACACUGGUGUACAGAAAUGCUUCGUUGGAAGGAAUGUACGCUGUGCCUUCUUAUUUAGAUGACCUGGGGGCUGGUUUUACCACAGACGAUUCGUGGCCGCAAGGAGCUUCGGUUUGGUUGAAGGAAGUACCAUGUGGCUUAACGAAAAUACUUCUGGAAAUAAGUAAGCGGUAUGACAAUCCACCAAUUUAUAUCACAGAGAAUGGCUGGUCGACAUUUGGUGGUCUCGUAGACGAUGACAGGAUUCGGUACUUAAGAAACUACCUCGAUGCCGUUUUAGACGCAAUAGAAGCUGGAAGCAAUGUAAAGUUAUACACCUAUUGGAGUUUGAUGGAUAACUUUGAAUGGUUAAGUGGAUAUAGUGAGAAGUUUGGUUUAUACGAAGUGGAUUUCGCUGAUCCAAAUCGAACAAGAACUCCAAGAAAAUCUUCAUUUAUCUAUAGAGAAAUUAUAAGAACUAAAACCUUAGACUUUGAUUACGAACCCGAAAAUUUUACGGGAGGCAAUAUUUAGAAAAGAAAAGUGAUCAAUAAACAACUGAUAGGUUAAGUUGGACAGUAAUGUUAUUUUUAAAAAUAUUUAUGCAUUUUUGUUAGUAAUUAAUUUUAACGCCAUUCAGCUUCUAAGAUCCCACAGCUUUGCAUAAGCGUCUUUCUACAUUAGAUGAAGGAUUAGAGCUU